UUGAGCCCGGCGGCGCGCCGUAGCCUUGUUGUCAUAGCGACCAAAGCGCCGCGGCCUGCUCUCGAAAAGCUGCGCGGGGAAGCCUCGGCGAGUGUAGCGUUAGCCGAGCGAGUCAAAACAGCAGAGGCUAUUUCGCAGCGUUUCCUGGAGCCACCAUGUCCUUUCGCGACCUCCGGAAUUUUACUGAGAUGAUGAGGGCUCUAGGCUAUCCCCGGCUCAUCUCGAUGGAGAACUUUCGCACUCCAAACUUCAUGCUGGUUUCAGAGAUACUCAUUUGGCUGGUGAAAAGGUAUGAGCCUCAGACUGAUAUUCCUUCAGAUGUUGAUACGGAGCAGGAUCGGGUUUUUUUCAUUAAAGCAGUUGCUCAAUUUAUGGCGACAAAAGCUCACAUCAAGCUCAACACCAAGAAGCUCUACCAAGCAGAUGGCUAUGCAGUGAAGGAGCUCUUAAAGAUCACCUCUGUUCUUUACAAUGCUAUGAAGACCAAAGGAAUGGAAGCCACUGCAGUGGGUGAAGAAGACACGAGCAAAUUCAAAUUUGACCUUGGCUCAAAAAUCAGCGAUUUGAAGACGGCCAGGCAGCUUGCUUCAGAAAUCACUUCCAAAGGAGCAUCUCUUUUUGAUUUACUGGGCAAAGAAGUAGAGCUGAGGGAAAUAAGAACAGAAGCAAUUGCCAGACCUCUGGAGAUAAAUGAGACUGAAAAGGUGAUGAGAGUUGCCAUCAAAGACAUUUUGGAGCAGGUCCAGAAAACCAAAGACAUGCUGAGCAACGUGGCAUCAGAUGAAACCAGUUUGGAGGCCAAGAUUGAAAAGAGGAAAUUGGAGCUGGAAAGAAACCGCAAGCGGCUACAGACCCUUCAGAGUGUUCGCCCAGCUUUUAUGGAUGAAUAUGAGAAGAUUGAGGAGGAACUGCAGAAACAAUAUAGCUGUUACCUGGAAAAAUUCCGUAACCUUACAUAUCUGGAACAGCAACUGGAUGACCAGCACCGAAUGGAGCAGGAGAGAUUUGAGGAAGCAGAGAACACUUUGCGUUUGAUGCAGAACAAGCUGAAGGAGGAAGAGAAGCGCUUGCUGAAGAGUGGAAACAAUGAUGACUCGGACAUAGAGAUCCAUGAGGAUGAGGGAUCUGACAGUGACAUGGAAGACAGGCAGCUAAUGAAGCAGCAUACGGCCAUGGAGAUGCUGAUGCAAGGGAGACCAAACAAACGGAUUGUAGGAACGAUGCAAGGUGGAGACACAGAGGACGAUGUCGGGGCAGCCCAAGCCCAAGCCAGUAAGCGCAAAGUCUCCAGAGCCAAGGCUAAGGAGGACACUGAAGACAGUGAAAUUGAUUUGGAUGAUGACGAUGAUGAUGACGACGAUGACCUGGAAGACGACAGCAUGGAUCUCUCUCCCAACAAGGCGAGUCGGAGGGUGAGGAAGCCUGAGCCCCUGGAGGAGAGUGAUAAUGACUUUUGAGCAACCAGGUCAUCUCCAGAGACAAACCUUGAGGAGCACAGAGAAGCUAAAACAUUGACUCUGACAGGAUGUACUCUAUAGAGUAAGGCAACCUUGAUACCAGUGAAAAGAGUACCAAAGUAGUAAUAUAUCUUGGAACUCAAAGUAGCUUAGCUCUUUUGCUGUUGUCAGUUCAUGAGCAAGGAAAGAACACUUACAUUCGGGGAGCUGUCAUGUCACGCUCCAUGGUGCCAAAGUUUUAAGAGACCCAGCAACACACAUACAAUCCAGCAACACAAAGCAGUUUAGACUCCUACAAGAUUCCUGGUAUCUUUUUGAUACAAAUAUGAAUCUGGAAUUGUUUCAAAGGACAAUUCAGGAUAAAUUAACAGCUGGGCUUCAGAUUGAAUUCUGAACUAUCAUUCCAAGUGCCUCACUACCCUUGGCAGAAAAAAAUGAAUUCUGUCUCAUGCCAAGAACAAAGGAAUGUUGGAGCCCCAGCAAAUGUUUCCAUCACUUUUACCAAAGCUGACAAGGCAGGAAAGGAGCCCACAAUUAGUUUGGGGCUCUGCUUCAUCUCUAAUUUACCCCUUUGCUAUAUGAGCACAUAUAAACUGUCAUAUUGGGAUAAAAGACGCUCUAGGAAUGAUAAUAUCUCCAACCUCAUUAUUUAAUACUAAGUCCUUGCCCACACAUGUCCAUGCUAAUGUAAAACCAGGUAUCAGUUUGGUUUUCCUAAGGAACUUUUCAUUAAAAAAAACAAAAAACUCAUUUAGUAGAAAUACAAGUUUUAUUUUGUUUUUCUCCCCUUAUUCUGGGCCAAUAAGUUUCUAGGCACUGAACAGGCUUGACUGAAUACUUUCCUCUUGCCAUAAGCCACACAGUGCUACCAGUCUCUGAAUGCCUCUGUGUAUAAUAUUAUUUUCAGAGGAUAAAUGAAAAAUAUUUUAUAGAUUCAAUCCCCUAACAGUGGCAGGUAUCACCUGUUGAGCUAGUUCUGUGUUGAGGAUUCCUCAGUUCCUUAUGCCUUGCAAGUUGUAUGUAUUUUCCAGACUCGUUCUGAACCUCUUUGACUUUUACAUUCAUUCCCUCGUUUCACAAAAUAAACGACUUUACAAUCUUG